GCUGCUGCUGCCUGCUCUCUCCUGCUCUCUGUCAGUGUAUUUAUUGAGUCAUUGUAAGAGAUGCAUGUGUGAGGUCAGUGCUGCCUGUCAGGAAGCAGUGUUGUAACAGGGAGCAAGGACGGAAUUUGACCUCAGGGGGACAGUUUCACCAGAACGUUAGACAAAGAAGGAAGACGAACUAACUAGAUGAAUCUUUGAAUGGAUCUGAACAUGAUGGGAUUUGCAUCUUUUGGUCUGAAGCUCUAGAGUGACAGAGGAAAACUGAUGAACAGAAAAAAAGAGACAUGCUUGCAGGCAAAGAGGGAUGGAAGACCUUCUGCUGUUGGACAUAAACACAUAGAAGUAUUUCUUUUUUUAUUUCUCCUUCUGACAGCUGAUGACGUGGCCAACAUCUCUGUGGGUUGAUAUGCUAAAAUGGCACCGGAUAUUUAAUGAAUAGAGCUUCCUACACAGACGAGCUGAAAGGAUCUAUGAUGGGAAUAAGAGGAGCUGUGCUAAAGAAAUGUGGCCACUGCUGACCACUGAGCAUGGGGAAAGCAGAAAUGACUGACUGACCUCCAGACACUGUUUGUAAUUAUUUAACUAAGCGAUAACUGAACUCUUUCAUCCAUGAUGGGAUGUUGGACGUACCAAAGAUGCUAGGGCUAAACAUGCUGGGACAUUAUUGCCUCUUUCUGAAAGAGCAGUGAGGAUGAAGAGACGAGGCCACACCAGAGGCCAGAGGUUUGUCAAGGCUGACUACUAUGAGUUGGACUGGUACUAUGAGGAGUGUACUGAUGUGUUGUGUGCUGACAGAGUGGGCCAGAUGACGAAGACCUACAGCGACGUUGAUGCUGUCACCAGACUACUGGAAGAGAAAGAGCGGGACCUGGAGUUGGCGGCUCGCAUCGGACAGUCGCUGCUGAAGAAGAACAAAGCUCUGAGUGAUCGAAACGAACUGCUGGAGGAGCAGGUGGAGCACAUACGGGAGGAGGUGUCUCAGCUACGUCACGACCUAUCCAUGAAGGAUGAGUUACUGCAGUUCUACACAAAUGCAGCUGAGGAAAGCGAGGGGGAGUCCAACACCUCCACACCGGUGCGUCAGAGUGAACCUAAUGUGUCGACCCCAACUUUGUUUCCUCUGGACUCCCUGCAGAAGAAGCUCAAAGAUUUGGAAGAAGAGAACAAAUCACUGCGAUCCGUGGCAAAUCAUUUGGAGACUGAAACCAUCUCAUAUGAGGAGAAAGAGCAGCAGCUUGUCAGCGACUGCGUGAAAGAGCUCCGUGCUGCCAACCUGCAGAUCUCCUCUCUGGCAGAAGAACUGGCCAGGAAGAGCGAGGACGCUUCCAGACAGCAGGAAGAGAUCACACACCUCCUCUCUCAGAUCGUGGACCUGCAGAAGAAGGCGAAGCUUUAUGCAGUUGAGAAUGAAGAGCUGACGCAGCAUCUGGGUGCAGCCAAGGACGCCCAGAGACAGCUCACCGCUGAGCUGCGUGAGCUGCAGGAUAAAUAUGCAGAAUGUUUGGAGAUCCUGCAUGAAGCCCAGGAGGAGCUGAAGAACCUGAGGAAUAAGACUCUCCCUCUCAGCACCCCGAGGCGUUUCCAUACCCCGGGCUUGUUCCCAAUGGACUCCCUUGCGGCAGAAAUCGAGGGCACUAUGAGAAAAGAGCUUCAGAUGGAUGAUCCAGAUGUAGAGGAGCAGAGACUGCACCCAAAGCGAGUUUUCCAGACGGUGAAAAACCUCAACCUGAUGCGUCAGCAGCGCUCCUCUGGAGCCCCUUCCCCUCUCAACAUCCCCGGCUCCAAUCAGAACUCCUGCUUCACCUCAGGGCGCUCCAGCAGGGUUGGCACACCUCGCUCCAACUCCAUCUACGGGAGUGAAACGGGAAGUGGGAUCAUCCUGGACAACAGGACAAGCAGUAUCCUGGAGGGUCCAGAUGAUGGGUCGGAAGACUCCAACAAGCGUCCCCCUGGAACACCUGGGACCCCAGGCAGCAGGGACCUGGAGGCAGCUCUGCACCGCCUGUCCUUACGCCGCGACAACUACCUCUCAGAAAAAAGAUUUUUUGAAGAAGAGAGGGAGAGAAAGCUGGCCUACCUGAGGAAGGAGGAGGAGAAAGGAGGGGUUGAAGGCAGCGGAGGCCCAGGAACCCCUACAGAGAGCCUGCUGUCGUUCUGCUCGCAUCCCUCCUUUGGAAGCAUCUGGUCGGGAUAUUCCAUCACUGCCAGGUCCUACCUGCCCGAGAAGCUGCAGAUUGUAAAGCCGCUAGAAGGUUCUGCUACCCUCCAUGCGUGGCAGCAGCUGGCCCAGCCCCACAUGGGGGCUCUGCUGGAUCAUCGGCCGGGCGUGGUCACAAAGGGCUUCCGCACCUUAGAGCAGGACCGGGAGCAGGACGAGAGCUGGCAGCUGGACCAGCCAGAGGAGGAUGAGGCGUCAUGUGACUCUCUUGCGGGCUUGUCAGGAGAGAGCUCUGCUGCGAUAGGUUCACUACAUUCUACCUCUGCUGACUCCCUCCGCUGUAACAGAGCUGCUGGCAUUAAGGGAAACGGCCAAUUAGAAGGAAUGAACGGGGCAAUCUGUGGCCUUAAAGAAGCAGCCGGAGGAAAAGAUGGACAUGUUGCAGGCACGCCCCUUCCCCUGUCCUGCUCUUCUCCUGUUCCGUCCUGUUCAGAGAUCAACAGGCACACGGACCUCAAGGAGCUUCAGGCGCUGCAGCCGCCCACCAUGGACCGCAUGCCUGGUGAGGCUCAUUUCCCAGGAAAGUCUAUGUCCCACACCAGCUCCACGUACACCUUCACCACCUGCAGGAUUCUCCACCCGUCUGAUCAGCUGACCUCCGUGUCGCCCAGCCCUGCCUUAGCUGUAUGUCAAAGUAGCUCUGCCAUCGGCACUCCUUCCCACACCUCCUCUCCUGUACCAUUCUCAGGCCCUCAUACACCUUCCUACACCCCCUGCUGCACCCCACGCCGCCUCUCCCUAUCGCUCUCCCUUGGCGAGUCCUCAACCAACCUGAGGGACUCCACUAAGACCACCAGCACCUCCCUAGGCCUUGUCCGCCUCCUGCGGGAGCAUGGGAUAUCUGCCUCAGUGUAUGACCCGUGCAGCUGGGACCGAGGGCUGCUGGGUGCCAGCAGUACUUCAACACCCACUGAAAGGGUGCAGGUGCAGAGGAGCGCAGCCAAGUCACAGGAGAAGGAGGUCGGACAGCUGGUGAAACGACCAGACACUCUGCUCCUUCAGCCCUCCACCCCCCCCAGCUUAGCCAAGCCAGAAUCUGCCUCCUCUGCCACCGCGCGUCCUGCAUUUCAGUUCAGCCCUUCGAAAGAGGAACCGCCGUAUUACGAUGCCUUCCUCGCUUCAAAGCCCGCCCGCACCAUCCUGAGGGAAGUGUUGAUGGAUCUGGAGAGAGAGUAUCACAGCGAGAUGGAUGAAGACGGCCAGAGCGACGUGACAAACCUCGGACUGGUGGACAAACUGAAGCGUUUCCGAACCCUUUCUCCUGUUUCUGCCUCCGGCUCCUCUGGAAGCGCUCUGCUGGCCCCCUUCAGUUCCAGCGGACUCGGGGGUGGGCUUCCAGGUUUAAAUGCAGGACUAAGGAGGAACCGAAGCUAUCCGGCCAUGGUGGGAGCCAGUAUGGCCAUGAAGGACCCAGGCGGACCACCCUGCACACUCAUCCCACAGACAAUGCAAACAUCACAUUCACAAGAUCCGGCGCAGUCAGAAGAAACGGGCAGAGUGCAAACACACCCCUCUGUAGUCAGGAAGUCCAUCCACAUACCGCAGACUCUACACGCCCUGGAACCAGCGGCGCCACACACAAUCAUACAGAGACACAGCAGGGACGUAACAACACAGCGAGGGUCAGACUAGGACAUGGUGGGAAACACUGUUAAUGCCAUUACCACAUCAAUACAAAGCCAAAAAGCAUAUUUAUCACACACAGCUGACGGGUACAAUCCCCCCCUCAGACUCACCAAGAGCGUUC